AUGAUGAAGCUUGCCAUACCUGCUCUGCUCGCCGCUGCUGCCCGGGCAGCUCCCUCUACAAGAGACUGCUGUCAAAGCCUGGCCGCCUUCUUGCCGUCCAUCUACAUUGGUCCCUCGACUGCAGAAUAUGACAGGCUCAUCACCGCUCGUUGGUCAAUCACCUCAAUGCAGCAUCCGGGCUGUGUAAUGACACCUGCCUCUGCCAAGGACAUGUCCACUAUUGUCGAGAUUCUCUCAGCACAGCAAUGCCAAUUUGCCGUUAAGUCCGGAGGCCACAAUCCAAACCCCGGUUUCAACAACAUUGACAACGGAGUCUCCAUUGAUUUGAGGAGCCUCAAUUCCACGUCCCUGGCUGAUGAUCGCUCUCACGUCAGCCUCGGCACUGGCCUCUCCUGGGGGGAUGCCUAUGCUGCCUUUGAAAAAGACAAAAUCGCCUUUACAGGAGGCAUCUGCGAGGACGUCGGUGUUGGAGGUCUCGCGGUUGGUGGUGGGCAGUCUCUGUUUCAGGCUGGCAAGGGCUGGGUUGUCGACAACGUGAUUGACUAUGAAGUGGUCUUGGCAUCGGGCCAAAUCGUCCACGCCAACCAAAAUACCAAUUCAGACCUGUACAAGGCGCUCAAGGGCGGGAGCACCAACUUUGGUAUCGUGACCAAGGUUGACCUGGCUGCUUUCGACUUUGAUGAGAUGUGGGGUGGCCAGCUGCUUCUCGCAUUGAGCGGUCCCGAGUCAGGCCACGCGCAAACGAUUGAGACCAUUACGAAUGCCACUGUCGACUUUGUAGCCGAAAACCACAGUGAUCUUGACUCUGGCAUCCAGAUUGUGGCUACAUAUCUUCGCAACGGGACCCGACUGGUUGACGUUGCGUUAUCCAACACGGCCAAUAUCGCAAACCCUCCCGCACUCCAGCCAUUCCUCAAGCUACCGAAUCAAAUCCGCGAUACUAGCCGACAUGCAUCGUUGGCUGAGUUGGCACACGAGACUAGCCUUGCAAUUCCCCGCGGCUUCCGUUACGUCACUGCGAGCGUGACCGUCUCCAACGACAAAGACACCCUGCUUGACUUCUGGAAAGCGGUCGACGACGUGUACGAUGGCCUAACUGUCAAAGAUCGAAUUGACUGGCUGGUGUCUGUUGUACCUCAACCGCAAAUUCAACAGACUCACGCAAAGUCUCGGGGUGGCAAUGUGCUUGGGCUGGAGAAUGUCGAACAAGAUCAGCUAGUUCUUUGGCUCGUCUCUCGAUGGAAUGAUGCAGGUCUUGAUGCUACCAUGGAGGACGCACGUCAAAAGUUCAUCGAUGCCGCGGUAUCUGUUGGCCAGAAGCAUGGCACAUACUCCCCAUUCAUUUACCUAAAUUAUGCGAGCCCCAAGCAAGACCCUCUUUGCGGAUAUGGGGCCGAAAAUUUCGCCUUUAUGAAGACGGUUGCCAAGAAAUACGACCCGUUCGGUGUCUUUCAGAGGCUGCAGCCAGGGGGGUUCAAGCUCAGUCAGGUUCAGUGUGCCUAA